GACAUUUUCCAGUGUUAACGGGAGACAACUGCAACAAUGAGUUGCUUAUACAAGGGCGUGUUAUAAUAAGAACUGGCUUUACCCGCAUAAGACACAGCCGUACUAAUCUAUAAAAUGGCCGAAAUAGAAACGUACGUGGAAAAACUUUCCAAUGGAAAUGCUGAUCAGACAGAGUCAAGCGUCAUUGAUAUCGGAAGCGAAAUAUACAGAUGGAGAGUUCUUUCACAGCAAUUAGUGAUGAACGAUAAAACUAUUGCUAAAUACCUUCUUGAUGUUUAUGAAAAGCAUGUCAAUAACUCCACCCCAAUCGCAUCAAAUGAAAGAAAUCAAGAAGAUGUUGAGCCUCUGAAUGCUACAAGUGAAACAACUGAAAUAUCAAGUCUAAAACAAGAAGACUAUACUGCUCUUGAAACAGACUCUCUCAAAAACAAUGGUAAGGAAGAGAUGGAUACAGAGGAAGUGCAUGUUAAAGUAGAAAGACAAGAAUAUCACUCAGAUGAUGAGUUGACAAGUGACUACACAGAAGAAGUAGAAGAAAUUCUUAAAGCACAAAAUAGAAAAAAGAGAAAAUUGAAGACGUUAAAAAAAGAGAAAGUAGUAUCAAAGAAACGCAAAGUGAACAUGAAAGGCCUUCAGCCUAUCAAAUUGAAACUAAAGCAAGAAGCGGGUAGAAAACGUAAAGCAGAGGAAAAAAAGAAAAGGAUUGAAAGAGGAAAAACAACUGCAGAGAAGCCAACAGAGAAAAAGAAAACACCAAAGAAAGAAACAGAGCCAAAACCUUGGAUAAAAAUUAGCCUAGAUCAACAUGCAGAAAAAUUUACUGUUGAAAAAAUAAAUUCCAUAGAAAGACAGCAUAGAAAAAGUUCAGUGUUUGAGUUUAUGUACUCUUGUCUAAUUUGUUAUAAUUUCAAGGCAGAAAAUCGUGAUAUAUUUGAAAUACAUGUGGAGAAACAUUUAAAUAAUAUUUUGAAAUGCCCCACAUGCAACUAUGAAGCCUAUUCUGAGUUUGACUUAACAAGACAUAAGAAACUGUGUAAUCCAGAUGUCAGUAAAAUGUUCAUUUGUGACAUGUGUGGAGAGAUUUUCAACAAGAGAGAUGCAUAUCGAUGUCAUCUGGGCAAAGUUCACGGGAUCCAUCAUUGGAAAUGCCGCUACUGUGAAGAGAGGUUUCCGACACGGUUCAACUACCAGUCGCACAUGAAAAAGGAACAUCCCGAGCAAAUGAACUUCUGUCAGAAAUGUAACCAGUAUUUUCCUAACCUCUCCAAAGACGAGUAUAAUGACCAUACUAAUACAUGUAAGGGAGAAUUUCAGUGUCCGGAAUGUGGUAAAAUGUUUCUUGGGAAGAUGGUUCUCGCCACGCAUGUUCGGUACAUUCAUAAGAACAUUCGCAGCCAUCAGUGCCAUAUUUGUCCAUAUUCGGCCAAAAGUGCCAGCAUGCUGAGGCUGCAUAUUCGAGCUCAUGAAGGUAUUCACCCCUAUAGCUGUGACCAGUGCACAUUCACCUGCGUGCAGCGAUACCAGCUGAAGUCUCACAUGCGGACACACACCAAAGAGAAACCCUACAAAUGUACCAUGUGUAGCUACGCUGCAGCCUGGAACGUGCAGCUCAAGGAACACAUCAAAGCCCACAGUAUGUCCACCGCGGUGGCAUGUAGGGAGUGUGGAGUCGUCUUGAAAAACACGCACACGCUCUCCAUCCACGAGAAGAAGGAACAUGGUAGUGUCUGGCAGUACAACCACCCACCCAACAUCCACCCACUGGCCUUGACUGCUCCCAGCGCCACGGCUCCUCAUGCACAACAGCAUCCUGUAGUCAUGGGUCAAUGAAAGCCAGUGGAUUUUUGUUUAUUGAUUUAUUUUCAAACAUUAUUUUACAGCAGGUUUAUGUUAUUAAAUGUUUACAUUUAGUCGGAUCUGUCUAAAUACAAGCAACUCAAAAAAAGGGGGAAUAUGAAGAAGGAACUGGAAAUGUUAGAAAAAUGAAUAAUUAAUGUAAAUGAAUGUAAGGGUUAAUGACAUCUAUUAGGACAAAUAUAUUCCAAGCUCUAUUCUGAUAAUAAGAUAGGCUUUCUUAUGUGCUUUAGAUGUAACCAAAUAUUUUAGCUACUGAGACUGUUACCUUAGGUAAUCUACAUACCUCAGAAUGUGUCUAUUUCCAAAAAUUGAAACUUACAACAAUUAUGGCCCCACAAGUUUCAUUAUGUGACGGUUGCCUCAAAUAUGAUUUUCACAUGAGUUUUUUUCCAUUAUUGAAAGUUAGCCUCCAUUUCUUGUUGCUAAAUAAAAUACCGUGACAACAAAUUUAGUCAUAAAAUGUGCCUAUGUGUCAAAUGAUCACAUCUGCACAAAAGACACAACAAACGUAGGGAAUAUUUUAUCAAUUGACACAUCCUAUUAUCAUGAUAGUGUUUUUUUCUCGAAAAAUAAAAUAUUUUAGCUGUGUAACUUUACUUCAGUGUGAUACUUGUGUCCUAUAAUUAAUAAGAUCUUCAGAACCUUAUUUCCAUUUUGUUAGUCAUUAACGCUUGAUCCUUUACUUCUGUUCAUUUUAAUAUAUGAAAAUUUGAUGAUAUCGUCCAUAUCCGUUUUUAAGCCUACAAAGUGCCAUGUUCAUAAAUUUCAUUUCAUGCUAUGGCAGUUUCAGUCAGUAAAUUAAGUUGUAAUAAAAUAGCAUAAUUUUCUAAUUCAGUCAUCUACAGUGAGCUUUAUACUUGAUAUAAAAUUUAAAACAUAAUUGGUUAAUAUGGUUUGUAACAAAACAUGGAUAAAAACAGUUCUCUAAUCAUGUCUCCUCAAAUAUGGUGGGGUAUGUUGUUUGACUAGUCAGUCAUUCGGUAAGCCACCUUGGUUUACCAGUUUUCAUUCAAUCCUCAUUAAGCUUAAUGAAAACAUUUUUGGCCAGAAUAUAGCUACCAUGCUUGAAUAAAACCUUCAAAUCAAUUCAUUUUGAAGUAUCUACCCACUAAUUAAGUGUUUGUAAUAUUCUGCUUGUGGGGUAUUUUGUUUGACUACAUGUAUUCAGUCAUUCGGUAAGGCCACCUUGGUUUGACUAUUUUGCAUUCAUUCCUUAUUAAGCUUAAUGAAAACAUAUUUGGUCAGAAUAUAGCUGCCAUGCUUGAAUAAAACCUCUUCAAAUCAAUUUAUUUUUAUGUAUCUACCCAGUAAUUAAGUGUUUGUAGUAUUCUGCUUGUUAUCCCCCCUCAAAGGCCCAAAGGCGGAGUGAUAAAGAAUUGGCAUUGUCCGUCAGUCCAUGGUCCGUCCGUCUUUUAAGGGCUAUAUCUCGGAAACUAUAUAAGAUAUAUCAACAUUAAUCUUCAUAGGUGUAUAGAUAUCAAUCCAAAGAAUGUGCUUGUUGCUUUUGUUGUCCUGUUUUUUUGUUUUGUUUUUGUUUAGUAAGUAUAUUUUAAAUUUAAGUUUAGAUUUGUUUCAUUAAAAAUAGCAAUAUUCAUGUUAUUCAUGGAUGCUAUGUGAAAAUGUAUGGAAUCUUAUUUUGCAUUUUAACAGCAGCUAUAUGCAUUUACAUUAUAUCCUUCUGAUAUAUAUUUUGUAGGGAUAGUAAUUAUGUUGUUGUUAUGUUUUAAAUAUCUAAUGUUUCUUUUUUAUGUUGCUUGUGAAAAGCUGCAUUUUAAUGAAGUCUUUAAACGAGCUCAAUAUUUUUAAUAUUGUGGAUGCAGUCUAUUUGAUAACUUCAUUUGUAAUUUUUCCAUUUGGUUUCAUUCAUAAUAUGCAUAGCAUGAUGAUAAAAUUUUACAUUCCAUUGUUAGAAAUAAUAAGUGUAGUUUUUAAGACAUGACACUUUUGUACACACCUGUAAAAUGGUAGCCAAUGAUCAGUUGUUUGUAUUUUUAGGCUGAAAAAAAAAGGAAUCUGUUGCACCUAUCAACAAAAUUUCAUCUGUUUUUUGUAUUAAAAUGCAUAGCAAUUUAGAUUUAAGCUUUGCCUUUUGCUUCACAAAAAUGUAAGUGAAACUAAUGGAAGCUCCCAGAUGAUGAUCUUUGUCAAUGUAUGGAUUUAUUAUGUGGAAGCUUAUUAUUAUUCAAGCAGUAAUAUCUCGCUGAAGACUCACAGCGGGACAACUGUAUAUGAUCACCUUGGGGAUGCGGAAUGUCAAGUGUCAUCAAAUUAAAACCAUAAGUGUCCGAUAUCUUGUGCGGAAACAAAAAGUUACAUAUUAAAAAUCAAGGGAAAGUAACAAAAAAAGCAUUGACCCUGAAUAACUACUGUAGGGAUGCUGCUUAUAAAAAUUCAUCAAGUUCUAAUCUAAAGUUUCUGUGAUCUUGCUCCGAAACAAAGCUUCACAAAAUGAACAAGGGACAAAAUUGUCACAAAACCAGGUUUUCACUGUGAAAAAAAAAUCUGAUAAAGGGAGAAAACUCAAACUGAACUUUUGAAAUGAACAAACAAAAUUAACCCCCUUUGUAAGUUUGUUUUUAAAAAAAAUCUAUUUUUAGUCGUGGCGACCUUGACAUUGGAGAUAUUGACGUGAUUCUUUCGUGCGACACACCGUCCUAUGAUGGUGAACAAAUGUGCCAAAUGAUUUUAAAAUCUCACAAUGAAUGCCAUAGUUAUGGCCAGGACAAGCUCAUUUAUGGCCAUUUUUGACCUUUGAACUCAAAGUGUGACCUUGACCUUGGAGAUAUCGACGUAAUUAUUUCGCGCGACACACCGUCCAAUGAUGGUGAACAAAUGUGCCAAAUGAUUUUAAAAUCUGACAAUGAACGACAUAGUUAUGGCCCGGACAAGCUUGUUCCGCCUGCCCGCCAGCCCGCCCGCAUUCGCCAAUCUAAUAACCAGUUUUUUCCUUCGGAAAACCUGGUUAAAAACGGAAGGAUGUACAUGGUGUUUGACAAACAAUUGUCAGGAAAAACGCAAUCUCAAUCCCAGCAUAAACAAUACUGUCAGUCAGAAAACUUAAAAAACGCAACUCAUGUACAUUCCAAAUCUGAACGCAUUAACAAAAUUAUUGUCAUUGAAGAUAAGGAAAGAUCAUUUUGAGAUUUUUAUCACAGCCUCAAAGGUGUAAUAACCACAUUCAGUAUCUCGCUAGUGUAAUAAGUAAAUAACGGUUUUAUAAAUUUUUGUAGAUAAAUUGACGUUUAUGAUAAGCAAAAAGGUUUUUGCCAUUUAGAAAACUAUACAUGUACAUAUCUCUAGCUUAAAGAUAAGAGAUGGCUUAAAGCAAAACUCUUAAUUUAAAUAAAAUCAUACAUUUACACAUGAAAGCAUUUGUAUUUACUGGUGUUUACAUGAUUAACAAUGCCAAAAUAUAUAGUUUGUUUUUAUAUGCUUAGCAAAUGUGCAUAAAAUCAGUGUAGGUUAUUUACAUAAAUAAAGAGUUAGGCACUAA